AUGGUGAAACGGAGUAAAAAGAGUAAAAGUAAGAGGGUGACCUUGAAGCAGAAGCACAAGGUCCUGAGAAAGGUGAAGGAGCACCACAAGAAGAAGGCCAAGGAUGCUAAGAAGCUCGGGCUUAACCGUAAGCCUAGAGUAGAGAAGGACCCAGGUAUCCCCAAUGACUGGCCUUUCAAGGAACAGGAGCUCCAGGCCCUUGAAGCUCGCCGUGCCCGUGCUCUCGAGGAGAUUGAGCAGAAGAAAGUCGCCCGCAAAGAAAGGGCCAAAGAGAAUAAGGCCAAUGCCAAAAAGAGGAAGCUUGAUGGUGAUGAUGAGGAUACCAUGACGGAGGAAGGAUAUGGAGAGGGGAAGAGAGCAGAUGACUCGAUUAAAGUUGUCAACGUUCGAGAUAACUCGGAGAGGGCUUUCUACAAGGAGCUUGUCAAAGUUAUUGAACUGUCUGAUGUCAUUUUGGAGGUUCUCGAUGCCCGUGAUCCCCUUGGCACUCGUUGUACCGACAUGGAGAGGAUGGUUCUGCAAGCUGGUCCCAAUAAGCACCUUGUGUUACUCCUGAACAAGAUUGAUCUUGUUCCUAGAGAGGCUGCGGAGAAAUGGCUUACGUACCUUCGUGAGGAGUUUCCAGCUGUUGCCUUCAAAUGUAGUACACAGGAACAGAGAUCAAACUUGGGAUGGAAAUCAUCUAAGGCAUCAAAACCAAGCAAUAUUUUGCAGACGAGUGAUUGUCUUGGAGCUGACACUCUUAUCAAAUUGCUGAAAAACUACUCGAGAAGUCAUGAGUUGAAAAAAUCUAUUACAGUUGGUAUCAUCGGACUGCCUAAUGUCGGGAAGAGUAGUCUUAUUAACAGUUUGAAGAGAGCUCAUGUUGUCAAUGUGGGUGCCACUCCUGGACUGACAAGGUCUCUGCAAGAGGUUCACUUGGACAAAAACGUGAAGUUGUUGGACUGUCCUGGAGUUGUGAUGCUCAAAUCUUCAGGAAACGAUGCCUCUAUAGCUCUCCGGAAUUGUAAAAGAAUUGAGAAGUUGGAUGAUCCAGUUAGUCCAGUGAAGGAAAUUCUCAAGCUUUGUCCAGCAUCAAUGCUGGUGACUCUGUACAAAAUCCCUAGCUUCGAAACAGUUGAUGAUUUCCUUUAUAAAGUAGCCACCGUAAGGGGUAAGCUUAAGAAGGGUGGUCUUGUGGACAUUGAAGCUGCUGCAAGAAUUGUUUUGCAUGACUGGAAUGAAGGUAAAAUUCCAUACUACACAAUGCCUCCAAAGAGGGACCAAGGUGGACACGCAGAGUCAAAGAUUGUGACCGAGCUGGCUAAGGAAUUCAACAUCGAUGAGGUUUACAGUGGGGAGUCCACUUUCAUUGGGAGCUUGAAGACUGUCAACGAGUUCAACCCUGUUGAAGUUCCAUCCAACGAUCCUCUCAACUUCGAUGAAACUAUGCUCGAGGAUGGGUCUAAGAGUGAGACUAUAGAAGAAGAAGAGGCUGGCGUUGAGAGCGAUGAUGAGUCUAUGGGAGGGGAAGAGAAGGAAGAAACAGGAAAGUCGAAGGAGAAAUCAGAGGCUAGCAAGCAGAACGAGAAGCUAUACGGAGCUGACAAAAUGCUGAAUACAAAGAAGCAGAAGGCGGAGAAGAAGAAGAGGAAGAAAGCGAAGAAUGCAGCAGAUGGUGAGGAUCACAUGGACGGAGAUUAUGAUUUCAAAGUUGAUUAUGCGAAGAAUACAGCCAUGGAUGAAGGAGGCGACGAAAACCCUGUGGAGGCCGAAGUUCCAAUGGCAGGACUUGAAUGGCCUGAAGAAUGA